CCCAGGGAGAUGUCUCAGCUGUACUACCGGCGGACUGACAGUUCCUCAUAUCGGGACCGUAUCCCGCUCAGGAUUGUGCGGGCUGAGUCUGAGCUGUCGCCCCUGGAGAAGGCCUACCUUGGAGCUGUGGAGAAAGGAGACUAUGCUAGUGUCAAACAGGCCCUUGAUGAAGCAGAGAUCUACUUCAAGAUCAACAUCAACUGCAUCGACCCUCUAGGCCGAACGGCUCUGCUGAUCGCCAUCGAGAACGAGAACCUGGAGAUCAUUGAGCUCUUGCUGAGCUUCAACGUGUACGUCGGCGAUGCCCUGCUGCACGCAAUCCGGAAGGAAGUGGUGGGAGCCGUUGAGCUGCUGCUCAACCACAAGAAGCCCAGCGGUGGCAUGCAGGUUCCUCCUAUCCUAUUGGACAAGCAGUUCUCUGACUUCACCCCUGACAUAACUCCCAUCAUCCUCGCUGCACACACCAACAACUAUGAAAUUAUCAAACUGCUGGUGCAGAAGGGUGUGUCUGUGCCCCAGCCACAUGAGGUGCGCUGUAACUGUGUGGAGUGUGUGUCUAGCUCAGAUGUGGACAGCCUGCGGCACUCUCGCUCACGCCUCAACAUCUACAGAGCGCUGUCAAGUCCCUCGCUAAUUGCCCUCUCGAGCGAGGACCCCUUCCUCACUGCGUUCAGGCUCAGCUGGGAGCUGCAGGAGCUCAGCAAGGUUGAAAAUGAGUUCAAGUCAGAGUAUGAGGAGCUGUCCCAGCAGUGCAAGCAGUUUGCUAAGGACCUGCUGGAUCAGACUCGCAGCUCCAGAGAACUGGAGAUGAUCCUCAAUUUCAGAGACGACAUCAACCUAUUAGAGGAAGAGGGCAACAAUGACCUGGCCAGGCUCAAACUCGCCAUCAAGUACCACCAGAAAGAGUUCGUAGCUCAGCCAAACUGCCAGCAGCUUCUGGCGUCCCGGUGGUACGAUGAGUUCCCUGGUUGGAGGCGGCGCCACUGGGCUGGGAAGUUCCUCACCUGUGUCUUCAUCGGCCUCCUCUUCCCCAUCUUCGCCCUGUGCUACCUCAUCGCCCCCAAGAGCCGCUAUGGCCUCUUCAUCCGCAAGCCCUUCAUCAAGUUCAUCUGCCACACAGCUUCCUACCUGACCUUUCUCUUCCUGCUGCUCCUCGCUUCCCAGCACAUUGUGACCACAGAACCUGACAGGCAAGGCCCAGCACCGACCACGGUGGAGUGGAUGAUUCUGCCCUGGGUGCUGGGAUUCAUCUGGACAGAGAUCAAGCAGAUGUGGGAUGGCGGUUUCCAAGACUACAUCCAUGACUGGUGGAAUUUGAUGGACUUUGUCAUGAACUCUCUUUAUCUGGCCACCAUUUCCCUCAAGAUUGUAGCCUACACUAAGUACAGUGGCUGUAAACCCAGGAACCAGUGGGAGAUGUGGCACCCUACACUGGUGGCAGAGGCGGUGUUUGCCAUCGCUAACAUUUUCAGCUCUCUGCGCCUCAUCUCGUUGUUCACAGCCAAUUCUCAUCUGGGGCCACUGCAGAUCUCUCUGGGGAGAAUGCUGCUGGACAUUCUCAAGUUCCUCUUCAUCUAUUGUCUGGUCCUGCUGGCCUUUGCCAAUGGGCUGAACCAGCUGUACUUUUACUAUGAGACCAAGGCCUCAGAUGAGAAGGGCAAAUGCAAGGGCAUCCGCUGUGUGGAGCAGAAUAACGCUUUCUCCACGUUAUUCGAGACCCUGCAGUCUCUCUUCUGGUCUAUUUUCGGUCUGAUCAGCCUGUAUGUGACCAACGUGGAUGCAGACCACCAGUUUACUGAGUUUGUCGGUGCCACCAUGUUCGGCACCUACAACAUCAUCUCCCUCGUGGUGCUCCUCAACAUGCUCAUAGCCAUGAUGAACAACUCCUACCAGCACAUUGCUGACCAUGCAGACAUCGAGUGGAAGUUCGCCAGGACUAAGCUGUGGAUGAGCUACUUUGAAGAGGGGGGCACUCUGCCGUCCCCGUUCAACAUCAUCCCGAGCCCCAAAUCAGCCUGGUACCUCAUGUGCUGGAUCAAGAAGCAGGUGUGCAAGAGGACACAGUCCAAGCGCCCUGAAACAUUUGGAACACUUGGAGUAAGUCAAGCUCUAUUCUUACGUUUAUUCGACUAUCAAAAAUAUCAUAGGCGAGCAGCAGAGAACCUAAGGAUUAAUAACCAAUAUCAGGAGGUAUUGAGGAAUUUGGUCAAACGCUAUGUGGCUGCCAUGAUCAGAGAUGCCAAGACAGAGGAAGGCCUGACUGAAGAAAACUUUAAGGAGCUGAAACAAGACAUCUCCAGUUUCCGGUAUGAAGUGAUGGGAAUGAUGAAGACAGGGAAGCCCCCUCUACAGGCCAGUGGGAGCUCAGUGGAGUCCAGUUUUACCUUCCCCAACUCCUCCCUCAAGGUUUCACCCCCUCCUCCUAGUGGCCACGUGAAAAGCAAACUCAGCCUAUUAAAGAUCACCACGUCCAUCCUAAAGCAGGGCGGUGCCACAGCUUCACCCAGGCCGCCGGAGGCCUCCAACGGGCUGCCGAACGGACUCAUGCCCCUGGCCUCUGACGAUAGCUCUGGCGAAAAGUCAAGCCAGAGGAAAAACUUCCCCAAAGACAUCACUGACUUUGGCCUCUUCCAGAAACGCCACUCAGGCGGCACUGGAGACAUGUCUGGUGCAACAGGGGGGAUUUCUAGAAACAUGUACGCUUUGUCUGAGGAAACUGGGGAGUCUGGGGCCUCAGACGCAGAGGAGCAGGACAAGGAGCAAAAAGCAAUAGGUAAGGAGGAGGAAAGACCCUUGGAUGGAGAAAAAGAGCAAGAGACAGCUGGAAGAGAGAUAGUGACAGAGGCCAAAGUGGAGAAUGUAGAUAACGGUAGAGAAAAGGAAACAGAGGAAACAGAAACAGAGAAUUUUCUCUGCACUGAGUCAGUAGCCGAUGACUGUUCAUCAGAGUCGCCCAGAGAAGAGACAUAGGCUGGGGUGUUAAGGGAAUAAAACUGUGGGAAUACAAUGGUGGACUCAUGAUGAAGAGACUGACAAUCAGCAUGAGGCUCGUGUGAGGAGAGCUGCUUCAGAAGUCUAACUUUUCCAGUUAUUACUAAACUCAUGAUCAGCUUUGAUCUUUGGAGACUCAGGGAGGCUUUCGGUUUGACACAGUCAGACAGACUAAUGUGUCUGAAAAGCCGUUAAAUUAGCAACGGAGACGUAACUCUCUUUGUGGACCUCUCUGGAUAAAGGUACAUGGAGCUCUGUGUGUGACAAUUGCAUGGAUUUAGGUUUCGGGGUGUCGUUGGAUCAUAUCUCGUUCCUACUGAUGAAUGGAAAAGAAAUAUUUCCUGAAACUAGACGAUUUCCUCAUUUUUCUGUACCCUCCUCUCUCAUUUCCCGUAUCUGCUGCUUGCCGUCCUC